CGCCUACUCAAAUUGAAAACCCAGCUCCGAAACAUGUGACUUCAAGAGCGCAUAAAAGACUCGAACAGCGGGCGCUUGUUCACAACUUUCACCCUGAUGCUCGUCCCGCAGCCUGAUAUCCCGCAAGUCCCAUUGCCAGCACCAGUAAUCGUACACGUGCGGUCGCGACGGUCAUCUCGAUCGUCGAGAACUUCACGAAGCAGAUCUCGCUCCCGCUCUCGUUCGCCCUGCCACAUUAUCGAAGCACCUGAAAACCCAGGCGCUACUGAACUUUUCUACCGCCCCAAUCCUUUACCCAUGACUCAUUUAAGUGAUCUUGUAUAUUCCAGCUCGUCCGAAUCUCGGUCUUCUUCGCCAACUCGGAGUUCAAGAAGUUUCCCGUCGCAUUUUGGUUUGCCGACCUCCAACGUGGUACUUCCAGCACAAGAUCCGAGUAAACAGAGAAUUCCGUGCUUGAUACCAGUACCAAUUCCUCCACAGACUGAUUCCGAAUCUGGUAGAAGUGACAGCUGUUCUCGCAGUCGCUCCAGGGGCCGCUCUCCUCGCCCUGAGAUUUCACAAGCUUGUGCUCCCAUUGUCAUUGGAAGGUCCCGAUCCAGAAGCAGAACACGGAGUGUUUCUCCGUGCAGAUAUCCUCAAGCCAUCUACUCCAAUUGGCCUCAUCCUGCUGUUUCUCGUCCUCGAUAUUACUUCCAAGAUGGAAAUGUAACGCUUGAGAUUGACCGGACCCAGUAUAAAAUCCACCGUCACUUUUUGGUUACGAACUCCCCUGUGUUCGCAAAGGAGUUACCUCCUCACAUCACAUACAAGCUACUGACUAGUGUCGACAAAGAAGCUUUCGAGCUUGUUCUGUCGCUCUUCUAUCCAAAGGACUGCUUCAGUGGGCAUGACAUACAAUCAGAAUCAGAUUGGCGCAAGGUCCUGGUGUUUGCUUGCCGAUACAAUAUGAAAGUCAUCCGAAACAUGGCUCUCACCAAAGUUCCAACGCUAGAUCCCAUCGAGAAGGCCCACUUGGCGACGAAGUAUGGACUGAAGGAUUGGCUCGUGCCGGCAUAUGUCGACCUGUGCAUGAAGGAUUUGACGAGUCGUAGCGGAUGGUCUGUUGAAGAAGGAAUGAAGAUAGGUCUGGAAGGACUCCUUGCGCUUGCCGAUGUCAAACGAGAUAUCUUGAAGAAUUUGGAAGAGUAUUUGGACAGAGAUAAGGUUUUGAAGACCGUGGAGAUGAAACUAGAAACCUCGAAAUUGAUCUGAAUGAGUCGUGUAUAACUUUCUCGCUGUACGAUAGAUAAUGGAGUUUCGAUUUAUGUUCUUCUUUUGACUUGCGUUGACUCACCUCACAAAUAAUAGUUGAAAACGAGUA